GGCAUGCGGUGACGUAAUCACCGCAAGCACCGCCCACGCCUCGAGAGCGCCUCAGCGGAGCCCAGUUUGUGAGGAAAUCCUGAAGUAAAAAGUGCAGAUUUUCAGCUCCCGGACCCUGCGGACACUCCGGACACUCCGGACACUCCCGGACACUCCCGGACCCUGCGGACACUCCGGACACUCCGGACACUCCCGGACACUUCGGACACUCCAGACACUCCAGACACCGCCGGACACUCGUGCCACCUCCAGGAUGUCCCCUCCCGUGCCCGCGCUGACCCCCGAGCAGAAGAAGGAGCUGGCGUCCAUCGCCCAGCGCAUCGUGGCCCCCGGCAAGGGCAUCCUGGCCGCCGAUGAGUCCACUGGCAGCAUUGCCAAGCGGCUGAGCUCGGUGGGCGCCGAGAACACGGAGGAGAACCGGCGCUGGUACCGGCAGCUGCUCUUCACGGCCGACAAGCGCGUGGAGCCGUGCAUCGGCGGCGUCAUCCUCUUCCACGAGACCAUGUACCAGAAGGCCGACGACGGGCGCCCCUUCCCGCAGGUCAUCCGCGACAAGGGCGCCCUGGUGGGCAUCAAGGUGGACAAGGGCGUGGUGCCCCUGGCUGGCACCAACGGCGAGACCACGACCCAGGGGCUGGAUGGCCUCAUGGAGCGCUGUGCGCAGUACAAGAAGGACGGCGCUGACUUUGCCAAGUGGCGCUGCGUGCUGAAGAUCUCGGCGCACACGCCGACGCGCCUGGCCGUCAUGGAGAACGCCAACGUCCUGGCGCGCUACGCCAGCAUCUGCCAGCAGAACGGCAUUGUCCCCAUCGUGGAGCCCGAGAUCCUCCCGGACGGUGACCACGACCUCAAGACGUGCCAGUACGUCACCGAGAAGGUCCUGGCAGCCGUGUACAAAGCCCUCAGUGACCACCACGUGUACCUCGAGGGGACGCUGCUGAAGCCCAACAUGGUGACAGGGGGACACGCCUGUGCCACCAAGUACAGCCCCGAGGAGAUCGCCAUGGCCACCGUCACCGCCCUGCGCCGCACCGUGCCACCCGCCGUGCCAGGGAUCACGUUCCUGUCGGGGGGUCAGAGCGAGGAGGAGGCCUCUCUGAACCUGAACGCCAUCAACCGCUGCCCGCUGCCGCGGCCCUGGGCGCUGACCUUCUCCUACGGCCGCGCCCUGCAGGCCUCGGCCCUCAAGGCCUGGGCGGGCAAGAAGGACAACACCAAGGUGGCCCAGGAGGAGUACGUCAAGAGAGCCCUGGCCAACUCCCUGGCGUGCCAGGGCAAGUACACCCCGAGUGGCACCGCGGGGGCGGCGGCCAGCGAGUCCCUGUUCGUGUCCAACCACGCCUACUGACCGCUGACCGCUGCUGACCGCUGCUGACCAUCCGCUGACCACUGCUGACCAUCCGCUGACCAUCCGCUGACCACUGCUGACCGCAGCUGACCACUGCUGACCAUCCGCUGACCGCUGCUGACCGCUGCUGACCAUCCACUGACCAUCUGCUGACCACCCACUGACCAUCUGCUGACCACCCGCUGACCAUCCACUGACCAUCCGCUGACCAUCUGCUGACCACCUGCUGACCAUCCACUGACCCCUGACCCCUGCUGACCAUCCACUGACCACCUGCUGACCAUCCGCUGACCCCUGACCCCUGCUGACCACCUGCUGACCACUGACCAUCUGCUGACCACCUAUGGACUGCUGACCACCUGCUGACCACCCUGUGGCCACCCUGUGGCCACCCUGUGGCCACUGACCACCCUGUGGCCACCCUGUGACCACCCUGUGGCCACCCUGUGACCAUCCUGUGGCCACUGACCACCCUGUGGCCACCCUUGGGCCACUGACCAUCCUGUGGCCACCCUGUGACCACCCUGUGGCCACUGACCACCCUGUGGCCACCCUGUGACCACCCUGUGGCCACUGACCACCCUGUGGCCACCCUGUGGCCGCUGCCCCUGCCCCUCCCCGAGCAAUAAAGGUCGCGGAUGAACCCGGA